UUACGUCGCGGCGCACGCAACCUGUUGUGCGGGGACUAUCGACCGGGGCGAGGCAGUCCCGACCGCACCGCGCCCGGCGACGCGCGUGUAGACAUGCAGGUGCCAGGCACCCUGUUCUAAACACAACAUCAGGAUGCACGCCGUGGGCCUCCACUCCGCGCUGGCCAUCCGCCGCGAGCGCAAGCGCCGCGCCGAGCAGCAGCGCGCCAAGGAGCGCCGCUACUCCCUGCAGUCCACCGAGUCCGGCGUCACCUCGCCGCAUUGCUCCACGGGCAGCCUCGAGCGGCGCCGCUUCAAGAACACCCGCACCAGCGAGAAUGAGGUCGUCUCCUCCGUGGGCAUGCUUCAUCUCGGAGUCGUGUUCCUCGUCCUCUCCUUCUUCCUCAUCGGCUCAGGUUUACUUCCCGACGACGUCACAUCCUGGAGUACCAUAGGCUCCGGCAACUGGUUUAACGAGCUAGUUUGGUCCGGAUUGUUCGCGCUCGGGAUAGGAAUAUUCUUGAUAGUGCUGCACAAAUACUUGACUAAGAGCGAGGAGCAAGCGCUGGAGGAGUACGUGCAGCGUCAACUGACGCGAUCGCGAUCAGGUCACCGGCUAGAGAGAGAUACGGAGACGGGAGGUCAUACGACAAAGCACGCGAGGCGAGCGCGCGCCGCUGAAGUCCUCCCUGAAACCAUUACAGAGACCUACACCGAGCCACCGGCGGAUCGAGCGCACGGCUUCGUCAACGCACUAGCCCUCAACGGUGAUGCACUCAGAGAGUCUCCACUAGAGCAGAUAGUAGAGGAGGAAUGCUCCUUGGCUUCGGAGAGCGAGAGGCGACUGGGCAAGUUCAACCGCGACACGUACUCGACGCCGUCGGUGGCGCCGAGCCUCAGUCCCGGCUCGCCCUCCGACACGCGCGAGCUGCUGUCCGACGGCCGGUACAUGAUCAUGUCGCGAAUGUGAACGACCACGUCUUCCCGGGUCUUUCGCAUUUUUAGUGCCACUUGAGUGUACCCUGACAAUUUACUUUGGUCCUUAAACUGGGUUUCAGUGCCGCUCGAUUCCUACUUUAAUCCGAUGACUUUUGAGGCGGAGCGCCGGUAGUGCUAGUGCGUCUAUCGAGGUCUGCGGCGCCCGCGCCCCGCCCCGUGGUGUAUGCUUCGGCGCUUGCGGCAGACUAUCAGUGGCGUUACUUAUAUCAACAGCUUCUCUAUUUUAUAUUUUAACAGACGGACCAACUCUCGUUAGAUUAUAGUGUUAAGUCUUAACGCGUUAUCCUCUUUUAAUUGCAGCUGGGAACUGAUAAAAAGCGGUCGGAAAAUAUCGGAGAAAACGAUUAUUGCAAUUCGAAGAGGUGAUAACGUAUUGUAUAUUUUAUCAAUUAUCUAUGGGAAUCCGUAUGUGUUGGCUUGAGACUGAUUGUUAAUAUACUGUACUUAUACCUGACGGUUUUAUACGAUAUUAAUUACUGUUUGUUUGCCUAUUACUUCAAUGUUUACACAAAAUACUUUGUAUUCUUGAUAUUGUAUAGUUCUACUGUCAACUAUACCUGACGCGGCGAAUGACGAUCCGUAAUAUGACAGUUCCUCCAAAUAGCUUUUGGAUAGACCAAAUUUUUUAAAAAUUGAAGAAAUAGGCUUUGACCGUAUUAUUGUUACAUUUCAAAAUAAAAUAAAAAUGUGUUAAACUACCAAAAAAGUCUAACAACCUUUGACAGUUACACCAUACAAAAAUAAACUGUCAUAGGCAUAGGUCAUAGGGAUCACGAUUCGCCGCGUCAAGUAUAGUUUCACUUGAUCUAAGUAGUUUUAACGAAAAGGAUUAAUUAGCGGUCAUGUUUAGUGAUUACAAUUUUAACCCAUUUUAAUUAUCUUUAUUGAGAAGAAAAGAAUAUUUACCUAUUAACUGGAAUGUAGUUUAAAUAAUAACAGCCCGUUUUUGAAUUACAUACAGUCUUCGUAUCAAGUGCCAAAAUAUUUAGGGCAUUUUUUUCUAUAUGCGAUUAAAAUGUUCACAGCAGUUUUAACAGAUCUUUUAGUUUAUUUACUGUGAUUCACUCUGCAUUUAUAAGGUUGUAAUUUGUAAUUAAUUUAGUUAAUAUCCUGCAUUUUAAUAAUUAGUUUGGUUGUGGCUGUGACAAGGAGCGACUGCGAGCGACGAACUGAGUCGUCGAUAUCUAAACCUUUGCCUUUUGCGAAUAAGGACGCAAGUCUAAUUGAAUCUACUUUCGCGGAAGGUACAAAUAUAUCUUGAUAUAUUAUUAUAUAUAUAGUGAAUAUUGAUAUUAAUUAUAAGCAUAAGGACACGAGCUUAGCUUCACCAUGCUCAAACUUUAAAUAUUAUACUUAGUUGUUUUAUAACUUUCCCUCUCCUAGUAUCUAUUUUCAAUGUCCUUUUUAAUCUUCGCAAAGGUCGAUGUGAUAUUUUUUAAAGCAAAAUCCCAACGCAUACUUACUGAGUUGUGAAUGUAUCACCAAAUUGAAAAGAUAUCACAUUUACCAUGUAUAGUUUUUGGAUCCUAGCUCUAAACUAAUGUAAGUGCUGUCUAGCAUUGCCUUAAAACGAACUGUCUCACUGUGUGUGUAAUGUAUGAGCACAAUUUUAACUACUAAAUAAAUAAUAGCUGUAGAACUAUGUGAGAAAAAUAUCAAAUUAUGAUGAAAUCUGAGUGUCUUGACAAGCGCGCAUUUUUGGUAUUUUCCUAUCACAUUAUCUAAGUGAGCUUCAUUUCAAAUUGGUCCUUCCAUUAAUGUUACGUUGAUUCAUCCUCAAAUAUGUUUAGUUUUGUCAUAAUUAAAAUACGAUCCGUUUCGUCAACCAUUAGUAUGUCUAAAUUAUUUUCCAGCUGAUACGAAUGUAUCUAUUGCGAUGUGUAUCUUGCUUGCUUAGGCAUUUUCAAUGUACUGUUUCAUUUUAUUUGCUUUGUUCAUCCGAUCUUAUCCUUAAACUUUCUUAAUACUUUUACAACCUUUGUCUCUGAGAAUUUGUCCAAAACAAGAGUAAUAUGCUUAGAAAUAAAGGAAAAGUGGAAAAACUCACUGUCUCGGGCGAAAAAAGAAAAAAAACGGUCGAAAAACAAAAACGGGCGAGACUUACUCGAAGACAGAGCGAAUAUUUCCACCACGUCCUUCCUUAGGGAGGGGACUAGCGACAUCUUACCGUAAAAAUAUUACACUUUUAAAUGCUGCAGGCUUAGCACGGUAGCAUUUUUAUCACCUGUCACUAUGCCUGUCACUUUCGCACUUACAUACUUGUUAUAGAACGUGACAACAUUAAUUUAGUAAUCAUAUGUUAUAUAUAACCAAAUGAUCAAAGAUCGAAGGACCAAUUUGUGUGAGGCCUAAAACUAUUGUCUGUCUCGAUGUCUAGUCUCAGCUAGCUUGUGUGAGGUUUAUACUGAAAAAUACAGCCUAAUCACGAGUUUGACACUGACAUAUUCGCUAAAGUCUGCGUAAGUUACUUUCUAUACAUCGCGCUCGCACUAAGUAAUAUGCCAGUACGAGAGAGAUUCGUAAAAAGUAUGCCAGUGACAAACUCGUGGUUAGGCUACAGAACACGUUCAAACUACAAAUAAGCAAUAAGUCGAAAUUAUUCCUCUUAUAAAUGUAAUUCUACUAUUUUGAAAAAUAAUUACAAAACAUUCCAUUUUUUAUACCUAGUUAAAAAGUACAGGUAUUUAAUGAUUUGGUAGUUUUGCGCCUCCACUGAAAUGAUUAACAAAAUUACUAGCGAUUUUAAUUUUGAUGGUCGAUCUUAUUGAGAUUAACGUCGCAAUUUUUUAUUUAAUUUUACUAUUUGAGGUAAUAAAUGUAAUAGUACAUUACGAUGCAAGUGCGAAAAAUAUGACAUUUGCAACGAGUGGCGAUAAAAAA